CCCUUGCGCCACCGGAUAGCGCUCAGCAACUCUCUCGGAGGUUGGAGGCCCUGGGUCUGCUCCCGCCUGUUUCUUCUUUCUUGAGCAGUCGCCAUGGCACAGGCUCUCCGAGGAACCGUGACAGCCUUCCCUGGAUUCGAUGCGCGGGCUGAUGCAGAGACUCUCCGGAAGGCCAUGAAAGGCCUGGGCACCGAUGAGGAGAGCAUCCUGACCCUGCUGACGGCCCGCAGCAAUGCGCAGCGCCAGGAGAUCGCUGAUGCUUUUAAGACUCUUUUUGGCAGGGAUCUUCUGGAUGACCUGAAAUCAGAACUGACUGGAAAAUUCGAGAAGUUGAUUGUGGCACUGAUGAAGCCUUCUCGGCUUUACGACGCCUACGAGCUGAAGCACGCUCUCAAGGGUGCUGGGACAGAUGAAAAAGUACUGACAGAAAUUAUUGCUUCAAGAACACCUGCAGAACUAACGGCCAUAAAGCAAGUGUAUGAAGAAGAAUAUGGCUCAAGCCUGGAAGAUGACGUGGUGGGGGAUACCUCAGGGUUCUACCAGAGGAUGUUGGUGGUUCUCCUUCAGGCGAAUAGAGACCCUGAUGCUGGCGUUGAUACAGCGCAAAUUGAACAAGAUGCCCAGACCUUGUUUCAGGCUGGAGAGCUUAAGUGGGGGACAGAUGAAGAAAAGUUCAUCACCAUCUUUGGAACACGCAGCGUGUCUCAUUUGAGGAGGGUGUUUGACAAAUACAUGACUAUAUCGGGAUUUCAGGUUGAGGAAACCAUUGACCGAGAGACUUCUGGCAAUUUGGAGCAACUGCUUUUGGCUGUCGUGAAGUCUAUCCGAAGCAUACCCGCCUACCUUGCGGAAACCCUCUACUAUGCUAUGAAGGGAGCUGGGACCGAUGAUCAUACUCUCAUCAGGGUCAUGGUGUCGAGGAGUGAGAUUGACCUAUAUAACAUCAGGAAAGAGUUCAGGAAGAAUUUUGGCACCUCUCUUUAUGACAUGAUCAAGGGUGACACAUCUGGGGACUACAAGAAAGCUCUCCUGCUGCUCUGUGGCGGAGAAGAUGACUGAUGGUUGCCCCCCCAUGCUUGCCACACCACCACCGCCUGCCUUCUGCACAUGCAGCCACACAUAGAUGCUAGUCCUGGACUACUGCCUUAUGCUAACCAGAGUGCUAAGGACCACAGCUCGAGAGCCAUGCUGCCUUCCGAUCUGCCUCUUUGAUUAGCAUACUUAUGUUCCUCAGCCUAAUGUCUGCAUCAUUUAUAUCUUCCUUUAAGAAGGCAGACUGCUUUUAGCCCUUUUUUUUUAAAAUAAAAAAGCUUCAUUUAUAUUACAUGAAUAACCUUAUCACCAUAAUCAGAAACUUAGCCUUGAAAUUGUGAACUCCUGGAAGUGUUAUUGAUCAAAGUAAGCCUGGUACUGAUUGUACUCGAAGGAUGAAUGGAAAAUAAACAUUUCAUUCCCCUUA